AAUGGGUGUGUCUACGCUCUCUUGGCAGUACACACCGGAAGGGAGGGGGCCUGUCUGCUUGUGAGUUCGUUUCGAAGCCGCCGGUGUUUGUUAUGGGAGCGAACUAGGAAGAGCGCGACGAUAGGCUCCGAGUGAAAACACAGCGAAACGAGAGGGACUUUACGGAUUUUAUGUGUAUUUUAGCUUAGUUCAUUAGAACUAAACGGCGGUCGGAUAUGAUAUUUUUCAAAUUAUUUGUCAUUUUUUGCUACCUACGGGAUGUUAGAGGCCAGUUUGAAAAGCCGUUGAACAAAUAUAUUCACCAUUAUGAGGGUUUGUCGUAUGACACAGAAGCUCUGCACAGCAGCCAUCAGAGAGCCAAAAGGGCCCUUCAUCCGCAAGACCAGAUGAUUCACUUGGAUUUCCAUGCUCAUGGGAGACAUUUUAACUUGCGGCUGAAGAGAGAUACAAAGCUCUUUUCUCCGGAUCUCGUCAUUGAGGUGUCAGGUCAAGAGGAACCAAUCGACACGUCACAUAUUUACAGUGGCGAAAUCUUCGGUGAACAGGGGACUCUGACUCACGGCUCGGUGGUGGACGGGCGCUUUGAGGGAUUCAUUAAAACACACCAAGGGACGUUUUACGUCGAACCCUCAGAGAGGUAUCUGGAGCGCAGCAAUGUGCCAUUCCACUCCGUCAUCUAUCAUGAAGAUGAUAUUCGUAAGUACUGAUUAAAACCAAUGUUACAAAAUGAAGUA